UGUGGAUGAGCCCCUUUGCAGCAAUCAAUCAACCCCCCCAACACGACGAUGAAUUGCGCCUCAAACUGCAAAUGUUCCGAGGUUUUGUCAGGGUUUUAGCAUCAAACCCAGCAACCAUUUGCUCCCUGAUGCUGCAGAGACGUGCCUCUGUAGAAUUUCUGCUGCCUGCACCAAUUAUCCAGGAUUCCGGGUUUUGCAGGCUUCAUCCUCUGAUUUGGCUCAGCAGGCAUUGCGAACAAUUCCAUUACACUUCACCGAGGAUUGCUGGGUUUAACCGGUUCUGGAAUUCUGGGGGGGUAUUGCUGUGUUUGUGAGUUUUUUGAGGCUUUCGGAGGUUUAGGUUUGCGGUCAUCGUUGUGAAUUUGGAAGUGAUUACAGAGCGAUAGUGUUGAGAAGGAGCUGCUUAUGAGCUGUGGGAAGAUUUAGUGGUCGUUUUAGAGGUUGUUCGGGAUGGAAGCGGCCGUGGCGAUGCGCCAGCACAGCCAUGCUGCGUUUGUAAGCGUGGGAACGAAAGCAGCUGUGGAAUUCAGAAGCGCAUUUCUCUCGGAGCGGUUGAGGACGACGCAAGGCGAUCUCCAGCCAUGUUCUCCAUGUAAGCGAGGGGUCUCGGUUGUAUUUCAGAUGGCGGUAAGUCGACCAGGAGGGGAGGAGCAACUCCGUUCCUCUUCAAAACCAAGAAAGGUCUUCACGAGGACGAAGAAGCCCUUCACACCGAAACCCCCUAGCAAUCUCGACGCCAAGCUCGAUAAGUUUGGCAGACUACGUACUCCCCGCGCCGCGCGAGAGCUCGCGUUGUCUGUGUUGUACGCAGCUUUCGUGUCGGGAGUUCACCCUCUCAAAGUGUUCGAAGACAGGGUGAAGCAGCGAGUGGUUGCGAAUUCGUUUGAUAAGACGCUGCUGGAGGGGUACGAGCACCGGCCUGACGUAGGGGAAAAUGUCGUGGUGGAAGAUGAAGCUACGGCUAUGGCGCUUGAAGAAGCUCUGGACGCAGAAGCUUCCUUGGAAGCAUCCGUGCUCACUGCGCCUCCUCCUUUGGUGUAUAAUAGCUUCGCCCUCAGGCUAGCUCGCACUCUGGUGAAGGAAACCGCUUAUAGGUGGCUGCAGCAGGAAGCCAUUUUGAUGGAGAUCAUUCCAUUGAAAUGGAAAGUACAGCCAAAGGCUGCUCUCCUGCAAAUUUGUGUUCUGCAGAUGGCGCUUGCCGAGAUCGAGGCCACGGACGUGCCGCCUCGGGUUGUGGUCAACGAAGCUGUGGAGCUGGCCAAGAGGUUUUGCGACCUUGCCGCACCGAGGAUCAUCAAUGGCUGUUUGGGAAGCUACAUUCGUCGCAGGCAAAUUCAGACCAAGAAAUCUGCUGUCUCUGUAUCUGACAAAAUGGAAAGAGAGCUCGUGUCUGAGCCCUUGCAACCCGAGGAUUUGGGCUUUGCUGAGGAUUAUACAGAUUAGGGGUUUUUAGGCCGCAUCCUUUAAAGUGCAUUAAUGGCCUGUUUGCCAUCUCCGUCACAUGCUUGAGCUCUCGACUCCGUGUUGCAUCGUAGUUCCGUGUGCAAGCCAUGACCGAAGCCGCUCCAUAACGGCUUAAGAUUAGUGCUUGCAAUAGGAUCGGAAAAUUUUGGAGAUGCAAGAGUUUUCGACGGUGAAUCAACAGCUGCUGCGGCGACAUUCUCACUGCGAAAGUCUAUCACAUAAUACACUCUCAGGCAACUUGACCGUGCGGCACAGGAUUACGAGUAGCGUUCGUUGAACAUGAGGUUGUCAAUUUUCUGUCAACUUUGUACUCACAUAGUUUCGAAUUACUCAACAGGCCUGCACUGAUCAUGCUCUGUCCUUUGUAACA